AUGACGUCGGAGCGUUCUCGAAUCCCGUGUCUCUCGGCUGCUGCUGCCGAAGGAACAGGGAAAAAGCAACAAGAAGGAACAGCAAUGGCGACACUGCAUCGCAAAGUGCCCAGUCCGGAGGCGUUUCUGGGCAAACCCUGGUCCUCCUGGAUCGACGCCGCCAAAUUACACUGCUCCGACAAUGUAGAUUUAGAAGAGGCUGGAAAAGAGGGUGGCAAAAGCAGGGAGGUUAUGAGGCUUAAUAAAGAAGAUAUGCACUUAUUUGGCCACUACCCAGCACAUGAUGACUUCUAUCUAGUAGUGUGCAGCGCCUGUAACCAGGUCGUCAAGCCGCAGGUUUUCCAGUCACACUGCGAGAGAAGACACGGUUCAAUGUGCAGGCCUCCACCCUCACCAGCGUCUCCAGCCUCCAACCCCCGGACAUCACUAGCACAGGUGAAGACGAAAGCCUGUCUCAGCGGCCAUAACGCUGUCAGCAGCACCUCAAAGCCAUUCAAAACGCCCAAAGACAAUCUCCUUACCUCCAGCAGUAAACAGCACACGGUCUUCUCCGCGAAAGGACCAAGGGACAAACCAUGCGUUCCAGUUCCCGUAGUCAGUUUAGAGAAAAUUCCUAACCUAGUGAAGGCAGAUGGUGCCAAUGUCAAAAUGAACUCUGCCGCCACUGCUGCAGCCACUUCCGCCGCCGCCGCCUCCUCCGCCGCCUCCACCCCACCUUUAAUUAAGCCCGCCUUGAUGUCCACGUCAGUGCCACCGUCACCCGAGAAGAUCUUAAAUGGCAAAGGGAUUCUGUCAGCCGCCAUAGACAAGAAACACCAAAAUGGCACCAAAAACAGCAGCAAGCCUUACCGGAGACUUUCAGAGAGAGAAUUUGACCCAAAUAAACACUGUGGAGUAUUGGAUCCCGAGACAAAGAAACCUUGCACAAGAUCCCUCACCUGCAAGACACACUCGCUGAGCCAUCGGAGGGCCGUCCCGGGCCGGAGAAAGCAGUUCGACCUCCUCCUGGCCGAGCACAAAGCCAAGUCCCGGGAGAAAGAAGCGAAAGAGCAUCUCCUGACUUCCACCAGGGAAAUCCUUCCCAACGCGCCGGGGCCAGCGCCAGACUCUCUGCAGGGAUCGGCCGCGAGCGCAGGCCAGGGGCCAGAGCCCAAAGUCGCAUCUCCCGGAAAAUCCAGGCCGCCCAACUCUGUGCUUCCGAGGCCAUCAUCUGCAAACAGCAUAAGCAGCAGUGCAUCUUCAAAUCACAGCGGCUCCACUCCGGAGCCCCCCGCGCCCGCAGCCGGAGGUGAACUCGCCAGCCGGCUGUCCAGUGAUGAAGGGGAGAUGGACGGAGCGGACGAAUCUGAGAAGCUAGACUGCCAGUUCUCCACGCACCACCCCAAGCCUCUUGCGUUUUGCUCAUUUGGGAGUCGCCUCAUAGGACGAGGGUACUAUGUGUUUGAUAGAAGAUGGGAUCGUUUUCGAUUCGCACUAAACUCCAUGGUAGAAAAACACUUGAAUUCACAGAUGUGGAAGCACAGAAGCCCGAGCCACAGGGCAUCAGGUCCCUCCCCCCUGUUCAGGACUUGCCUAACCAAUCUGCUGUCACUGAGCAACAUUGGGGCUGCCUGGGUGUCAACUCUGGAGAGCGUAGCACCUCGCUGCCCUCUCGGCCUCGCUGCCCACACCCCAGGCCCUGACGGGCCCGAACCUGGAGGGGGCGUGGAAGAUCUUAGGAAGAAAAGGAACGGCCAAGACUCUUUUUUCUUUAACAAGCACUUAACCCUGCAUCAGGAGACGCCAACCCAGUAUUCUCUUGCAGCCAGGAAGAUCCCUCCUGCGGCAGAUAGCCCCAUGCCCUCGCCAGCAGCCCACAUCACCACCCCUGUGCCAGCAUCCGUUUUACAGCCUUUCAGCAACCCCAGUGCUGUGUAUCUUCCUUCAGCUCCCAUCAGCUCGAGACUCACCUCUUCUUACAUAAUGACAUCAGCCAUGCUCCCUGACGCAGCUUUUGUGGCAUCGCCGGACCCGCGCGUCCUCAUGUCCCACACCACAGCUUUCCCCCAUGUGGCCGCUACCCUCAGCAUCAUGGACUCAACCUUCAAGGCCCCAUCCGCCGUGUCCCCGAUACCAGCUGUCAUCCCUUCCCCAUCCCACAAGCCAUCCAAAACCAAAACCAGCAAAUCCUCAAAACUCAAAGACCUGUCCGCCCGGAGCGAAGAGUCUCCAAGUAACAAAAAGAGGAAGCCACAGUCUUCGACUUCCUCCUCCUCCUCCACCUCCUCCUCCUCCUCCUCCUCCUCCUCCUCCCUGUCCUUGCAGACCUCCCUCUCGUCCCCAUUGUCAGGGACCCACAAAAAGAACUGCGUUUUGAAUGCCAGUUCCGCUUUGAACUCCUAUCAGGCGGCCCCUCCCUAUAACAGUCUGUCCGUGCACAACUCAAACAACGGGGUGAGCCCGCUCAGUGCCAAGCUGGAGCCCUCAGGACGGACCUCGCUGCCCGGUGGCCCUGCGGACCUAGUGAGACAGGUGGGCCCGGUGGGCGGCAGCAGUGGCUCCUGUCCCCUCUCUGUGCCCUCCCUUGCGCUCCACGCAGGGGAUCUUUCCCUGGCCUCCCACAAUGCCGUGUCUUCUCUGCCCCUCUCUUUUGACACGUCAGAAGGAAAAAAGCGUAAGAAUUCAAGUACUAGUAACAAAGCGUGUAAAAUCACUAAAAUGCCUGGUAUGAAUAGCGUUCACAAAAAGAACCCACCCGGCCUUCUUGCACCGGUGCCCGAUCCCGUUAACAGCACCUCCUCUCGGCAGGUUGGGAAAAAUAACAGCCUAACUUUGUCACAAUCCAGUCCUUCAAGCAUAUCCAGCCCAGGACACAGCCGACAGAAGAACGCAAGCAGAAUGGGCAGGAUACGGACUCUUCCUUAACACGACUGCAAAGCCACUUCCAAACCAGUUCCUGCUGUGAACCUCCCCAGCACACCGCAGCAGGAAGAGGGGCUGGCCCGUGGGGGAGAGUCUGCUUCCUGGGUACUGCCUGUGUUUCUGGCCUUUCCUCUUCCUCUUCUUCUUUUUUUAUUUGACCAAUUUUCAGUUGUCCUAAAGAAAAAGAAAAAAAAGGCAAAAGAAUGUGCAUUUGAGAUCUAUGGAAAACAGUACCAAUGUUUUCUUUCCUUUUCAUUGUUUUCAUUUGCCAUGUUUAUACAUUCUUCCAAAUUUGGGGUCACACCCUUGGUCCUAAUGCUGCUAGCACACCAUCGUUUUGCCCCAGCCCUGAGAGCAGACAUCACAAGGUGUCCGUUCCGGGUUAGCAUACAUGGAAGCUCUUGAAUCUUUACAUUUGCAGAGCUCUUUCCCUUCCUCACCCUCUCCCGCCCCAUCCAUCCCAUCCCAUCCCACAGGUCACUCACCAGAAUCCCACUGGACAUCAGGAAUUGCCACCUCACACACACACCAGCUCCCCUGGACCACAUGCUGGGAGAGGAGCUUGGUGGGGAAGGAGGAGCUAGGGCCUUUGGGCAGGGGGGGUCUCUCACCUGGCUUCUGCAGCCCUCUGUGGCUAGAGCCAAAUGCCAGGAGCCAAAUUUAGUGGCCCAUUAAUUAUAUGGUUUACUCAAUACUUAGAUCCAGUUAUACAGCUCAAAAAGUAAAUAAAUAAAUAAAUAAAUAAAUAAAUAAAUAAAUAAAUAAAAAGCUAUACCCAGUCAAGGACAGGGACAAAAGGGACCUGGGAGGGAGACAGGAAGCAGACCAUGGAGAGAAGGGACAAUGCCCCUCAAAAGAUAGAUAAUGAAAACCAGGUAGCUGUCUAGGUCUGAGCUCAUUCGGAAUCUACUCUGCAAAGAAUCCCUUCGCUUAGGGCAGUGCACAAGUUCCCAAAGCUGGGUCAGCUAGAGACACGAAGCCUCGCACAGAGGCCACAGGAACCAAGGGACCCCCUCCAUGCAAGUGGGGACCUGGUGGCCGUAGCUGCCAAAGGUUCUCGUGCUGCCUUCUCAAGGAAAGUUCUAGGGCCAGGAAGAUUCCUCCAGGGGAAAAGCCUGCCUGGAGGGCUAUGUGCCAAACCCCUUAUAAGAAUAAAUACUAGCAUUGCCCACCCACAGAUGAGCCUGCGCCCAGUUCUCAGAUGCGAGGAGCGGUUAAGGGCAGACGUAGUAAAGAAACGCCAUUUGGAAGUGCUGGAGCGCGGCCGUUGCAAAGCUAUUCACACUGGAGUUUGAAAGAAAGAGCAGUACCAUAAGCUCUAAUAGGGAAUCAGAAUUCACAGUACAAAGUAGGCAUUCUGCGCUCAAAUUUGGGACUUUGCCCAUGACGUAAGGCAGCACGGCUCAGCUUCAUUCUGGAAUCAGAAACACGGGCUAGUUUUGCAGCUGGGCACAGCCAUCAUUCCCUCCCUGAAGUUUUCCUCUCCAUUCCCUUCCUCCCAACCCAAAGAUCAGACUACUGUUAAGUUUCACCACACGAUUGGGAUCUGCAAAGACGGGAGGCAAACGGAGUGAUUUGCAUCAAUGGAAUUGCACUGACAGUGUUUCUUAUAGGAUUCCAAAAUUUUUUUAAUAUAAAGAUUUUUAAAAAAUAAAAUAAAAUCAGGAGUUGAUAUUUAAGUACCAGGACAUUAGUUUGGAUGAUUUCAUUUUUAUUUCUACAGUGUUAAAAGUGCACUUAUAUGCUGGUUUAUUUACGUCUUGGGAAAAAAAAAGAGACUUCAAAUUGAAGGAAUGAUUGUUACUUUUUGGUUGUUUUUUUUUAAUG